AUGCAUUAUUGUUAUAGGAUGUUGGCUCGUUUUAAUAAAAAAUGUGAAGAUUUAAUACGAUUAGGAUAUAAUAUUAUAUCUUCUAAUUAUCCUCCAAUUGCACCAGCAUUUGCUGCGUCACCCAGUAUAUCGUUUCCUAGUAGCACGUCAUCACCGCAAAGUUAUGAUGUCAGUCAAAUAAUUAAUGAUAUGAGGACUUUAUUAGGUGUUCCAAAGUACAGAACUUCUAAACCAAAAAAACAAACGAGAAAAUUUUCAUAUUUAAAUUUAUUAAAACCCGAAGAAAAUUUAAUUACAUGUCAAUUUUGUGGAAGUUACCAUCAGGCUGAUACACUAUGUAAGACUUGUUAUUCAAAAGUAAGAGAAAUUACCAAUAUGAUUAAAAGUAAAAUGAUGGAAUACAAUCCAUAUAAAGGUGAAUCACAAGAUCGUGGAAUUUUUGUUAAAUAUGCUGAUAGUGAGGAAGUAAAACCUGAAGUUGUAAAUGGAAAAAGAAUUAUCGAAAUUGAAAAACCAAGAAAUUCAUGGUUUAUUAAUAUUAUUAAAAGUGAAAAGGAUGAAAAGAAAAAAAAUUAA